GCUUUCCGGCACUCUUACGCGUAGCAUACAGCGCUCGUUAGUUCCCCAGGCCGCCGUAGACGGCGAGUACGGGCGGGGCGGCCUUAGCUGCGUCCGGGCGAUCCAGUGCCUAGUUCCGCCAUACCCCUCUCCACGACCUCCGUCGAGCAUGUUCACCAGGGCCCAGGUGAGACGGAUUCUGCAGCGGGUGCCCGGGAAGCAGCGACUCGGCAUCUACCGGUUUCUGCCCUUCUUUUUUGUCCUGGGAGGAACGAUGGAGUGGAUCAUGAUUAAAGUGCGCGUAGGCCAGGAGACCUUCUAUGAUGUCUACCGUAGAAAAGCCUCAGAAAGACAGUAUCAGAGAAGGCUGGAAGAUGAAUGAGACUGAACUUCAGCAGCCAAUAAAGUCAAUAUGAAUUUUUACUAUUGGUUUCAGUGCCUUUUAAAAUGUACUUUUCAGAUCUCUUGUUCUGACACAGCUUGUCCUUUAUCAGCUGCACAAUAUUCCAAUAACUGUCUUUGCAAAGAAUUUUUAUAGUUCUGUCUCUGCUUGAGUACUUCCCAAGUCACUGCAGGACAGCACUUGGGGGAAAAUUAUUUCCUCCUAAAACACUCACUUGAUGAAUCUAGUCCAUGAAAUAUUUCUUAAACAAUUCAAGGAUCAAUCAGGAUGCUUUUCAGUGAAGCCCGAAUUGUUUUCGGCAACUUUGUUUUUAGGCAACUAAUGAUAACCUUAUUUACUUUUUUGCAGCAUUUAAAUUAAAUUAUGGACACAUUCUCUAUUGCAAGAUCAUUUAAGCCAGGAUAAUUAUGCAGGUUAUAUUUCUGCCAGCUACUAGACUAUAAACUUUUUGCUAGGGUGGUGGAAAUUCCUGAUUGACUACGCAUUUCUCAAUGAACAGAAAUAUGCUCCUCCCUCGCUUGGCUCCACUAAAUUGCAAGGACUGGACCUUCAUGAGGACUCUGGGCAACAGGUUUUACGCUACUCUAUGAUGAAGAUGCUGCUCUUCCAUUCAGCUGCUAGAAAUAGUUGCUCUUUCCAUGAGAAAGUGAACCUACACAGCAUAAAGCAAUUCCAGACUUGAGCUAAAUCAGAGGCUCAGUCUAUUGAGUGAUUUGGCAAUUUGACCCAGUGUAAGUUUGGAUCAGCCUGGUAGAAAAAGCAGACACCUUUCCAUGCUUGCGUAACCACAUCUAACAUCAUUUCAAGCAAGAAAAUAUCUACAUACUAAAGACUAAGUUUCAGAAUAAUUUCUAACUGUUGCACGAGAAUAAAGCUGAUGCUUAAGGCCACAGGGUAUUCUCAAGUUAAUGAUCUCUGCCAUAAACAUAUCUCCUAAUUUUUUCUAGAGAUUUUUCUCCUAAUCUUAGUCCACUUAUGUUAGAACCAUUCAGUAAAGAACCAUUAACUACUCACAUCUCAUUAAAGCACUACCUACACUACAGUACAGCAAGCCCAGAGUCACAGCUGGGAGAUGGCUUGAAUGUGAAAGGCCAGUAAUGAUCUCUACUACCAGGGAGAGGAUGGUGGUUCAUCAUAUUCUCAUGCCCAGUUGUGUCAUCUAGGAUUCCUGGUAAACCUAACCUGAUAAACCAUUUUUAGUGACUUGACUGCUGUAUAAAAAGUAUAGUAUGAUUCUCUCAAUUAUAUGGCCAUAUUCCAUGUUUGCCCCAAUCUACCUUGUUUUAGGAGUUUGGUACAUACAGAAAGUAUGUCAUACCUUUUACAAAGAAUAACAGUAAACACUAAUAAAACCAUUGGCUAA